UUGGAGCAGGUGACAAAACAAAAACAAAAGCCAAGGCGUUUCCUGUUUGUGGCUCUCACAAGGGAACAUUCUUGGUUCUCACACCUUGCAAACUCACUCUUGGGAGACUCUUCGGACACUUGGGAAAAGGUGGAGUCCCAGCCACCAAGAAAGGAGAGCGAGGGACUGAGCUCCUUCGCAGACUUGGGUAGGCGCGGGGCGGAGCCGCGGGAGCAUCCUUGAGCAGCCGUCGCGGAGCAUGAUGGGAAAAUCCUCCUUCCUUUGGACAUGGCGCGCACCUGCCCGGCAGCACCAGCCGGCUCAAGCACGGCUCUGUGCGGGUCCGCGCUGUCCAGCGUCUGUCGCGGUUUGGGCGGCGGCGGGGGCGCGACUGGAGCACACAGGCACUCACCAGCUUACUGAGCCCCAGGGUGCUGAGCCUAGGGUGCGGAGCCCCAGGGCGCACACGGUUCCUGCCCGACUCUGCGGGCAUGGCGUCCCAGGUGCUGCAGCUGCUCAGGCAGGGCGUGUGGGCCGCGCUCACUGGGGGCUGGUACCAUGACCCGGAGCACAGCAAAUUCACUAACAGCUGCCAUCUCUACCUGUGGCUGUUCUUGCUCCUGCUGCCACUGGCCCUGCAUCUGGCCUUUCCUCCAAAUGUCCUCACGGCGCUGGUCUACUGUGGCGCCGUGACCAUCUUCUUCGCAGUCAUCAAGCUCGUCAGCUACCGCCUGCACCUCAUGUUCGAUAAGGGGGAAGUGAUCCAGCACCGGUCCCCAAGAAAGAGAAAUAAGCGGAGGCCAGAGCGAGAGGCCAGCUGCCCACACACGGCCAGGCACAAAAACCCAAGCAAUAACAGGCAGAUUCACAGCGCUAAGAAGGAAGAGCCUCGAGGGAGCCUGACCACACCACCCCUCCGCUGCAGUUCCCGAGGACAGAGUGUCCACUCCCAGCAUUCCUCAGGGCCCCUGGAGUUGCCCGCGCAGGAGACAGUAGAAGACCUCAAAGGUGUUGUUCUGUCAGAUGAUCAGCCCGAGGCAGUGGUGUCAUCUACCUCACCCGGCGUGAAGUCAGAAAGCCUUCCUGAUACUCAGGGCCGGACACCGGAACCCGCUCCCAGACCAGCGGGCCCAGUGAAGCCAGCUACCACAGAAAUUCUCACACGGAGAAAAGAGAAAGAACAAGCGGCCCCCGGCCAGCGCCCAGCCCGCCACAGAUCUGAAAGUGGCCUGGUGAACACCGGAGCCAUGAAGAAGAAGAAGCUGCCCCAUCUGUCGUUGUCCCAGUAUGACUUACUAGAAACGGACAUCUCCUUCCAGCCAUGGGGCAGUGAGCGCUCCGUUCUCAUCCCUCAGCCCAGCAGCGGUCCGCAGGGCCCCAGCAGGGCACAGCCACAGAGCGGGUCUCCUCAGGCCAGCCUGAGCAGCAGCUGCUGUCAGUGCAACACAGUCCUGGCCAAGCCCACGGAGGAGGCGGAGCUAACCCCAACAUCCGGUCAGGCCGAACCACCGCCCUUGAACCCGGAAGCGGUUGACUCGGAGGGCGAGGUGGAGGUGACCCUCAUUGACACCUCCCAGCCCGGAGACCCGCUGAGUCUGCAUGAGCCCAUCAAGAUAGUUAUCACGAUGAGCAGUACCCCAAAUUCCAUGAGUGACCUGGAGAGCUCCCUGCACCUGAAGGUAACCAGCUCCGACAGAACCAGUGUCAGGCCGGACGCAGAGCCUGCUGGCCCAGGAGCGGCCGGUCCGGCGGACCCUGAGCAGGGCAGAGUCCCUUUGAUCACCCUCGAGUUAACCGACGACGGAGGAGGAAGAGGCAGCUCUUGCCCAGAAGGAAAUGGAGGCGAAAGGACCCCAGAGAGGAAGGAGAAGACCCCCAGUCAUCGUUCUGCUUGUGGCUCUGGGCUUGAGGAGUGUAGCGCCAAGGAUGGUAGUCCCACCCCAAGGUGUGCCUGGGAACCACUCGCCCCCGGGACGAACCCCGAGGCUGAGGGGAGCCCAGAGGGCCAGGCUAACCUCAACCCCGCCUCGUGUAAGGGCAGCCAUGAGAAAAGGCAUGCCCGCGUGCUCAGCGUGGACAGCGGGACCGACAUCUUCUUGAGCAGGGGUACCAAGGAGGGGGUCGCUGAGGGCGAGAAGCCCAUUCCAACAUCCAAAUCAGACCUGGAGGCCAAGGACGGACAGAUUCCGCACGAGUCCAACUUCCUAGAGUUUGUCUCCCUGUUGGAAUCCAUCAGUACGGCUAAGGUGGUGGCCUCGGACUCCUCCGCCGCGGAGCAGAAAGGAGCGAAUCAGGGUCCUGAAGGUCAUGCCUCUCCAGGGACCAAGGAGGAAACUGUGGAGACUGAAAAGCCCAGUGGACGUGAUCCCAAGCCAGGGAAACCAGACUUGCCAAGCCAAGACCACGCAAACUCCAGCCCGGUGUUCACACAGCCUGCCAAGACCACAGCACUUUUUCAGGGCAGCAGGCAACGGCAGAUCAUCUACAGAGUGACUUCCCAACAAGACAGCUCGGUGCUGCAGGUCAUCAGUGGGCCAGAAACGUCUGUGCAGGAGGAGAUGUCCCUGGACGCCAUGCACGUCUUCAUCGAUGAGCACGGGGAGAUCCGGUCCUGUUACUUAAAGUCUGGAAACCAGAAAGAAGGCCCCUCCCUGCAGCGCCCUUCCCCGAACCCAGACUGCAGCUCUCACGCCAGAGAGAUUCUUCUCAGCUCCUCCAGCCCCACUACUUCAGGAAGUCCAGACCCGUCCUCAGGGGACGCUGCAGUCAGUGCCCUUCAACAGCAGCUGCUACUAAUGGUGGCUCGGAGGACGCAGUCGGAGACCCCACGGCAUGUGAGUCAGGAUCUGGAAGACUCCUCGCGCUCCUCAGCACAGGGGAAGUUUAACCGAGAGCAGUUCUACAAGUUCAUCAUCUUUCCCGGGAAGUGGAUUAAAGUCUGGUGCGACCGACUCACCUUGUUGGCGCUAUUGGAUCGAACUGAAGAUGUGAAGGAGAACAUGGUGGCAGUUCUGCUCAGCGUUCUGGUUUCCCUCCUGGGGUUUCUGACUCUGAAUCGCGGCUUCUGCAGAGACUUGUGGGUCCUGCUCUUCUGCCUGGUUAUGGCCAGCUGCCAGUACUCCCUGCUGAAGAGCGUCCAGCCUGACCCUGCCUCACCAAUACACGGACACAACCAAAUCAUCGCCUACAGCAGGCCCAUCUAUUUCUGCGUGCUGUGUGGGCUCAUCUUGCUUCUUGAUGCAGGAGCCAAAGCCAGGCGCCCUCCCAGCUACGUCGUGUACGGCUUGAAGAUCUUUACAACGGAGACCCUUCAGUCAGUCAGGGACCACUUGAUAGUGUUUUUAUGCUGCUUCCCUGUGCUCUCCCUCCUUGGGCUCUUCCCUCAGAUCAACACCUUCUGCACCUACCUCCUGGAACAAAUUGACAUGCUGCUCUUCGGAGGCUCCGCUGUUUCGGGGAUUACAUCAGCUGUGUACAGCGUGGGCCGAAGUGUCCUGGCAGCCGUCCUGCUCCAUGCCGUCUGCUUCAGCUCUGUGAGAGAACCGUGGAGCACACAGCACAUUCCAGCGCUGUUCUCAGCCUUCUGUGGCCUCUUAGUUGCAGUGUCCUACCACCUAAGCCGGCAGAGCAGUGACCCAUCUGUGCUCCUGUCCUUCAUCCAGUGCAGACUGCUUCCUAAAUGUUUGCACCAGGACCCGGAGGAGUCGGCCACAGACCCUCUCCCACAGAGGAUGAAGGACUCAGUGAAGGAUGUCCUGAGAUCAGAUCUCGUCAUCUGCUCAGCCGCUGCUGUCCUCUCCUUUGCAGUCAGCGCCAGCACCGUCUUCCUGUCCCUACGGCCUUUUCUCAGCAUCGUGCUCUUCACCCUGGCAGGCACCGUGGGGCUCAUCACGCACCACCUGCUGCCUCAGCUACGAAAGCACCACCCGUGGACGUGGGUCUCACACCCUAUGCUCAAGAGCAAGGAGUACCAGCAGCGGGAAGCAAGAGAUGUUGCUCACUUAAUGUGGUUUGAGAGACUGUACGUGUGGCUUCAGUGCUUUGAAAAGUAUCUUUUGUACCCGGCCAUCAUCCUGAAUGCCCUCACUAUUGAUGCCUUCUCCAUAAGUAACUACAGGAGACUUGGGAGCCACUGGGACAUCUUCCUGAUGAUCACCGCGGGCAUGAAGCUGCUGAGGACGUCGUUCUGCAACCCGGUCCACCAGUUCGCUAACCUGGGCUUCGCUGUCAUCUUUUUCCACUUUGACUACAAAGAUGUUUCGGAGAGUUUCCUCCUGGAUUUCUUCAUGGUGUCCAUUGUAUUCACCAAGCUUGGGGAGCUCCUUCACAAGCUGCGGUUCGUCCUGGCCUACGUGGCCCCGUGGCAGAUGGCCUGGGGCUCUUCCUUCCACGUGUUGGCGCAGCUCUUCGCCAUCCCCCACUCCGCCAUGCUUUUCUUCCAGACGUUCGCCACCUCCAUCUUCUCCACACCCCUGAGUCCGUUCCUUGGGAGCGUCAUAUUCGUCACCUCCUACGUCAGACCAGUGAAGUUCUGGGAGAGAAGCUACAAUACCCGGCGUGUGGAUAAUUCCAACACAAGACUCGCCGUGCAGAUGGAGAGGGACCCAGGGACUAAUGACAACAACCUCAACUCCAUCUUCUAUGAGCACCUGACCCGGACCCUGCAGGAGUCGCUCUGUGGAGACCUGGUGCUUGGCCGCUGGGGCAACUACAGUUCCGGCGACUGCUUCAUUUUGGCUUCAGAUGACCUCAAUGCCUUCGUCCAUCUGAUCGAAAUCGGAAAUGGUCUUGUCACCUUUCAACUUCGAGGACUGGAGUUCCGAGGAACCUACUGCCAGCAGAGGGAGGUGGAGGCCAUCAUGGAAGGGGACGAGGACGACAGAGGCUGCUGCUGCUGCAAACCUGGCCACCUACCUCACCUGCUGUCCUGCAAUGCUGCCUUCCACCUGCGCUGGCUCACCUGGGAGACCACACGCACGCAGUACAUCCUGGAGGGCUACAGCAUCAUCGACAACAACGCAGCCACCAUGCUGCAGGUGUUUGACCUCCGCAGGGUGCUCAUCCGCUACUAUGUCAAGAGCAUAGUGUACUACAUGGUCACAUCCCCCAAACUUCUCUCCUGGGUCAAGAACGAGUCCCUGCUGACAUCCCUGCAGCCCUUUGCCAAGUGGCACCACAUCGAGCGUGACCUAGCAAUGUUCAACAUCAACAUCGACGAUGACUACGUCCCAUGUCUCCAGGGCAUCACCCGGGCGAGCUACUGCAAUGUGUUCCUGGAGUGGAUUCAGUACUGUGCAGGGAAGAGACAGGAGCUCUCCAAGGCCCAGGACCAUGUCGACAGCGAUGAAGACUCACCCCUGGUGACACUCUCCUUUGCCCUGUGCAUUCUGGGAAGGCGAGCUCUGGGAACAGCUGCACAUAAUAUGGCUAUGAGCCUGGACUCAUUCCUGUAUGGGCUCCACGCCCUCUUCAAAGGCGACUUCCGGGUCACAGCUCAAGACGAGUGGGUGUUUGCCGACAUGGACCUGCUGCACAAAGUUGUUGUCCCAGCCAUCCGGAUGUCCCUGAAACUGCACCAGGACCAGUUCACCUGCCCUGAUGAGUAUGAGGACCCAGCCAUUCUCUACGAAGCCAUCCAGACCUUUGAGAAGAAGGUGGUGAUCUGCCAUGAGGGAGACCCAGCCUGGCGAGGGGCGGUGCUGUCUAACAAGGAGGAGCUACUGACACUGAGGCACGUGGUGGACGAGGGUGCCGAUGAGUACAAGGUCCUCAUGCUCCACAGGGGCUUCCUGAGCUUCAGGGUCAUCAAGGUGAACAAGGAAUGCGUGCGCGGACUCUGGGCAGGGCAGCAGCAGGAGCUCAUCUUCCUGAGGAACCGCAACCCUGAGCGCGGCAGCAUCCAGAACAACAAGCAGGUCCUGCGCAACCUCAUCAACUCGUCCUGCGACCAGCCGCUGGGCUACCCCAUGUACGUCUCCCCGCUGACCACGUCCUACCUGGGCACCCACAAGCAGCUGCAGAACGUCUGGGGUGGGCCUGUCACGCUGAACCGUAUGAGGACGUGGUUCCAGACCAGGUGGCUGAGAAUGAGAAAGGACUGCAGUGUGGGCCAGCAGACUGGUGGCAACAUCGAAGACAUAGAUGGCGGAGCAGUGCCAUCAGCAGGUGGCAGUAACGCCCCUAGUGGAGAGAGCCAGGAUAGCAGUACAGAACACCCCAGGAAAGGAGGCGCCCAGCAAUGGGCCUCACCCCGUGGAAGGGCUCAGAGGCCAGGCAGAAGGAAGGGCCGAAGCCAGUCCGUCCAGGCACACUCAGCGACAGGCCAGAGGCCACCUACCCUGAGUUCCUCGGGUCCCAUCCUAGAAAGCCACCAAGCCUUCCUUCAGACAUCCACAUCUGUGCACGAGCUAGCCCAGAGGCCCUCAGGCAGCCGGCUCUCCUUGCACACCUCAGCCGCAUCCCUGCACUCCCAGCCGCCUCCCGUCACUACCACAGGCCACCUGAGUGUCCGAGAGCGGGCAGAGGCACUGAUUCGGUCUAGCCUGGGCUCUUCAACCAGCUCUACUCUCAGCUUUCUCUUCGGCAAAAGGAGCUUCUCCAGUGCACUUGUCAUAUCUGGACUGUCUGCUGCAGAGGGGGGCAACACCAGUGACACCCAGUCAUCUAGCAGCGUCAACAUCUUGAUGGGCCCUUCCGCCAGGGCCUCUGGCCACACUGCUCGGCACUUCUCUGAGCCAUGUGAACCCACUGACACCCCGGAUCAGGGGCUGCUUGAAGGUCGGCGCCUAGCUGAGGCUGUGUCGGAGAACCUGGGGGUGCUGUGCCGGAGAGCAAGCCAGGAGGACAUGGGCCUGGAUGACACGGCUUCCCAGCAGAGUGCCUCUGAUGAGCAAUAACAGAACACGUGUCUGGUUGGAGAGACAGGGACUCUUGCCCUGCUCCAAAAACCACAUGGCUCUUCCUGAGGGAAAAGGGGAGCUAUUCUAGAAAAUAAUAACUUUAUCUCAGGUUUUGGAAACACUCACACAGUGUGGGUGCCCCCCACCCCAAGCACUGCACAGAAUUGGACAUUUCUCACAAAAGCCAUGUUAUAUCUUAAAAUAGCUAGA